AUGUGUCUCCUUCACCGCCUCAUUCAUGCCAGCGCUGACCACUCUCACCUCACCCUCCUCAUCCCUCCUCACCCCUCCUCACCCCUCCUCACCCCUCUUCAUCCCUCCUCAUCCCUCCUCACCCCUCCUCACCCCUCCUCACCCCUCUUCAUCCCUCCUCACUCCUCUUCAUCCCUCCUCACUCCUCCUCACCCCUCCUCACCCCCUUCAUCCCUCCUCACUCCUCCUCACCCCUCCUCACCCCUUUUCAUCCCUCCUCACUCCUCCUCACCCCUCCUCACCCCUCUUCAUCCCUCCUCACUCCUCCUCACCCCUCCUCACUCCUCCUCACCCCUCCUCACCCCUCUUCAUCCCUCCUCACCCCUCUUCAUCCCUCCUCACCCCUCCUCACCCCUCUUCAUCCCUCCUCACCCCUCCUCACCCCUCCUCACCCCUCUCUCCUCACCCCCUCCUACACCCCUCCUCACCCCCCUCAUCCUCCUCACCCCUCCUCACCCCUCUUCAUCCCUCCUCACCCCUCUUCAUCCCUCCUCACCCCUCCUCACCCCUCCUCACCCCUCCUCACCCCUCCUCACCCCUCUUCAUCCCUCCUCACCCCUCUUCAUCCCUCCUCACCCCUCCUCACCCCUCUUCAUUCAUCCCUCCUCACCCCUCUUCAUCCCUCCUCACCCCUCCUCACCCUCCUCUCCCCUCUUCACCCUCCUCACCCCCUCUCCCUCCUCACCCCUCCUCACCCCUCCUCACCCCCUCACCCCUCCUCACCCUCCUCACCCCUCCUCACCCCUCUUCAUCCCUCCUCACCCCUCCUCACCCCCCUCUCACCCCUCCUCACCCCUCUUCAUCCCUCCUCACCCCUCCUCACCCCUCCUCAUCCCUCUCCUCAUCCCUCCUCACCCCUCCUCACCCCUCCUCACUCCCCUCCUCACCCCUCCUCACCCUCCUCACCCCCCUCACCCUCACCCCUCUUCAUCCCUCCUCACCCCCUCACCCCUCCUCACCCCCCUCCUCACUCCUCCUCACCCCUCCUCACCCCUCCUCACCCCUCUUCAUCCCUCCUCACCCCUCUUCAUCCCUCCUCACCCCCCUCUUCAUCCCUCCUCACCCCUCCUCACCCUCCUCACCCCUCUUCAUCCCUCCUCACCCCUCUUCAUCCCUCCUCACCCCUCUUCAUCCCUCCUCACCCCUCUUCAUCCCUCCUCACCCCUCCUCACCCUCCUCCUCCUCACCCCUCCUCACCCCUCUUCAUCCCUCCUCACCCCUCCUCACCCCUCUUCACCCCUCCUCACCCCUCCUCAUCCCCCUCACCCCUCCUCACCCCUCCUCACCCCUCUUCAUCCCUCCUCACCCCUCCUCACCCCUCCUCACCCCUCCUCACCCCUCCUCACCCCUCCUCAUCCCUUCUCACCCCUCCUCACCCCUCCUCACCCCUCCUCACCCCUCUUCAUCCCUCCUCACCCCUCCUCACCCCUCCUCACCCCUCCUCACCCUCCUCACCCCUCCUCAUCCCUCCUCACCCCUCCUCACCCCUCUUCAUCCCUCCUCACCCCUCCUCACCCCUCUUCAUCCCUCCUCACCCCUCCUCACCCCUCCUCACCCCUCUUCUCCCUCCUCACCCCUCUUCAUCCCUCCUCACCCCUCUUCAUUCCCUCCUCAUCCCUCCUCACCCCUCCUCACCCCUCUUCAUCCCUCUUGACCUUCCUCACCCUCAUCAUCCCUCAUUACCCCCCCUGGCUCGUCACAGAUUUCAGGUUCAGGACCUGUGUUUGUGUGUGA